GAGACAGAAGAAGACAGCCUCUCACACCGUGACGGAGCUGGAGAACAGCAAAGAUUGCAGCCAGGCUGGGAAGCUUCUCUUCUGCCCUUCCCAUCCCACAGAGGAGCUGAGGCUGUUCUGCGAGCAGUGCGACCAGCCAGUGUGCCAGCACUGCGUUGUAGGCAGACACCGGCAGCACCCCUGUGACUUCACUGGCAAUGUCAUCCACAAGCAUGGGGAUGCCCUACGGGAGCUGCUGAAGAGCACCCAGCAGCACAUGGGCACCCUGGAGAGCGCGCUGAGCCAGAUUGAUGCCAUGGGCAGUGCUGUGCGCAGUCGCGCGGAAGCUGUGGCCACAGAGAUCUGUCUGUUUGCCAGUGGCUAUGUGAAAGCCAUUGAAGAGCACCGGGACCGGCUGCUGAAGCAGCUGGAGGACUUGAAGGUGCAGAAGGUAAACCUGCUGCACUUGCAGAAGGCGCAGCUGCAGCAGCUGCUGCUGGACAUGAGGACAGGCGUAGGGUUCACAGAGCACUUGCUGGCGAGCGGCUCGGACCUGGAGAUUCUCAUCACCAAAGGAGUGGUGGCGAGCCGGCUGGCAAAGCUGAACAGCGUCGCUUACAACACCCACCCCAGCAUGGACGAUGGGAUCCAGUUCUCUCCCCAGGAGAAGGCAGGGCAGUGUUGCGGCUAUGAAGUUUUUGGGGCCAUUCUCAAUAAAGCGGUUGAUCCAGCCAGAUGUACCCUGCAUGGGGAAGAUCUCCACAGUGCCCAUCAGAACCAGCUGACUGGCUUUACCCUGCUGUGCAAUGACACCAUGGGGGAGCGGAUGGGCCGAGGAGGAGAGGCUGUGCGGGUCACCAUCACCCACAGGGACAAGAGAGAGUGUACAGUCAAGCCAACCGUGUGUGAUAAUGGUGAUGGGACCUACCAUAUUUCCUACAGCCCUGAGGAGCCAGGCGUGUACGCCGUCUGUGUCUGUGUGAAAGGGCAACAUGUACAGGGCUCUCCAUUCACUGUGAUGGUGAAGAGCAAGUUCCGUGAGCACCAAGGUGUGUUUCACUGCUGCACAUUCUGCUCCAGUGGAGGGCAGAAGUCUGCUCGCUGUGCCUGUGGUGGGACCAUGCCAGGUGGGUACCAGGGCUGUGGCCAUGGACACAAAGGUCACCCUGGCUGCCCGCACUGGUCGUGCUGUGGACAGGUGAAGGAGAGCUCAGAGUGUUCGGGUGGGCCACCCAGCGGCACCUCGCAGAGGAGUUUGCUCAGGACAGUGGCACUCUGA